UUCUCCGUCUCCAAGCACUCGAAGCCCCCAACUGGUUGCUGGCGAAUACAACCAUGGGCAACAGUUCCAGCAAACGAAAGAAGGCGGAACAAAAUGCAUAUGAGAUGAGGGAUAUGAGGGAUUUGGAUGACCCUAAUAUUCCAGGUGGGGGCCGUCCGAACCGGACCGGACGUGGGGCCAGUGGAGGCAACCAUCAGGGCAGAGGUGGUGGCCAUCGGGAUGGCUAUAGGGGCUGGAGUCAGGGAUCAUCCACCCGCCGGCGCAGAUACAUUAUACGAGGUGAUGACUCAAAUAAGUCCCGCUGUUUCGGUCAAGUCUCAUACGACAAGAUGGGGGUGCUGGACUCUCCCUGCUCAUUCAUUUACUUUAUGGACCUACUCCAAUGGCUCGUGUCUUUAUUCCAUGGCAGGCCAAGACGCUGGACGGUAGUGAAGCAAUCUUUGCAUAUACUAGUUACCUAUAAAGUCAUUAACGCUCCGACUUCGGACCCAUUGUUGCACUGUUGCAGCACUCAACCUGUUCACUCAACCUGUUCACUCUGAUUCGCCGAGAAGACACUGUAAAGGUACAUCUUGCAUUCCCCGAGACUGAGUUUAGUGCGUCCGCGCGUGCGAUUGGGUACAAUCUCUUAUACAUAGGACAGCAGGGAGGCACCAUCAGUUGUAGAUUACUUUGCCUCGUCACUCCUUGACACAAUUACAUCCAUCAUUGCUCCUACUAUGCAAUAGUCACUAUUCAAUAGCAAAUCAUGGGCUAAUCGGAUAGGACUUUCGCAGGUUCCGAGAGAUCAAGCACAGAUUUUGUCCAUUAUCUUCGACGCGCUCACUUCAUC